AUGCCGGCCGAACUUCAUGGCAUCAAGGCCAGCGAUGUCCACGCCAAGAUCCAGCUGCUGAUCGAUGGCAUGGUCAACAUCAAGGACAAGUCUGGAGAAUUUUUAAUGACAUUGGCCGACGGCCGCGUCAUUGACACCAAGGGAUGGAACGACUGGGAAUGGACGCACGGCAUUGGCCUGAAUGGCCUCUGGGCCUACUACAACCUGACGGGUGACGACAAGUACCUCAAGAUCAUUGAAGACUGGUUUGCCAACCGCUUCGCUGCCGGCGGCACCACCAAGAACAUCAACACCAUGGCCGUCUUCUUGACGCUGGCCUAUGUUUACGAAAAGACGGGAAACCAGACAUAUCUGCCCUGGCUGGACAGCUGGGCCGAGUGGGCCAUGCACGAUCUCGAAAGGACAAAGUACGGCGGCAUGCAACAUAUUACCUACCUCGAGGUGAACGAUCAGCAAUUAUGGGACGACACCCUGAUGAUGACCGUGGUACCGCUGGCCAAGAUUGGACAGCUCCUCAACCGGCCACACUACAUUGAGGAGGCCAAACGGCAAUUUCUGCUGCACAUCAAGUACCUGUUUGACAACAAGACGGGCCUCUUCUUCCACGGGUGGACGUUUCACGAGGGCGGGCACAACUUUGCCAAUGCGCGGUGGGCCCGGGGCAACUCGUGGAUCACGAUUGUGAUCCCCGAGUUUCUCGAGCUCCUCAACCUCGACCCCAACGACGCCUUCCACCGCACCCUGGUGGACACGCUGGACGCGCAGGUCGAGGCGCUCGCGCCGCUGCAGGCCGACUCGGGGCUCUGGCGGACCGUGCUGGACCGGCCCGAGAGCGAAGGGUCGUACCAGGAGGCCAGCGCCGCGGCGGGAUUCGCCUUUGGCAUCCUCAAGGGCCAGCGCAAGCGCUAUAUUGGCAAGCAGUACCAGGACGUGGCCAUCAAGGCCAUCAAGGCCGUGCUCGACAAUGUGGACCAGGACGGCGAGCUGCUGCAGACGAGUUUUGGUACCGGCAUGGGCCAUGACUUGCAGCAUUACUAUAAUAUCCCCAUUACGAGUAUGCCGUACGGUCAAGCCAUGGCGAUUAUUUCUCUAGUGGAAUUCCUGAGAGUCUUUUACUAG